CCCAAGACAAUGCGCGAUAAACUUAGAAGUAGACAAUAAUAUCUGACAAAAGCAGUUGAAUGGGAGCCGAAAGCUAAGUAUGCAGAUUUGUCAGUUUAGAUGAAUUUCAUGGUCAAAACAAAAUUACCUACUAAUGUGAAGAGAAAAGAAAAGCCAGUGAAAAAAGCCUAAUGGGUAGCUGCUUGGAAAGCUGGCUUCUCCUUGCCUAUAAAUUGUGGUGAUCUUCUAUUAUUUUUUCACACACAACUUGCCUGCAGUGCUGCAUUUUCAUUGCACAUCUUUGAACUUGUUUUGUUGUCUAAGUUUUAUAUAGGAAAUCAUGGCUGCUAUUACUGCUGAUGCUGCUGCUGUUCCAGUGAUAGAUAUGAAGAAGUUGAAUGGAGAAGAUAGAAAUAUUGCCAUGGUUGAGAUUGACCGUGCGUGCCAACAGUGGGGAUUUUUUCAGCUUCUGAACCAUGGUAUUCCACACAGUCUUUUAGAUAAAGUGCAGGAAAUUUUCAAGGAAUAUUACAAGAACUCCAUGGAUGCCCAGUUUCAAAAAUCUGCUUCUGUCCAGAUGCUGAAUAAAGCUUUGUCUGAACAAGAUUGCAGUAAAAUAGAGGCUGACUGGGAAGCAGGAUUCUUUCUCCAGCAUUCCUCACAUCAACCUGCUAUUGCUGCUCCUGCUUUGCCUGCUGACUUGAAGUUAAUCAUGGAUGAAUUUGCAGAAGAAAUGAGUAGAUUGGCAGAUAGAAUGUUAGGCAUAAUGGAUGAGAAUCUGGGACUUGAGAAAGGCUAUCUGAAAAAAGCUUUAUCAGGAAAAGAUAGCCCUUUCUUUGGCACAAAAAUGUGUCACUACCCUCCAUGCCCAAGGCCAGACAUCAUAGAUGGCCUCCGAUCUCACACAGAUGCUGGUGGAAUCAUUUUGCUAUUACAAGAUGAUAAAGUAGAUGGUCUUCAAGUUCUCAAGGAUGGAACCUGGUUUGAUGUCCAACCAAUGAGCCAUGCAAUUGUUAUUGACAUUGGAGAUCAGUUGGAAGUUAUUACAAAUGGGAAAUACAAAAGCAUGUGGCAUCGAGUACUUGCUAAAACAGAUGGAAACAGAAUGUCAGUGGCAUCAUUUUAUAACCCUUCAAGCUCUGCAAAAGUAUAUCCAGCUCCUAGCCUCGUUACAGAUAUACCCAAUGCUGAGAAUUAUCCGGAGUUUAUAUCAGCAGAUUAUAUGAGAAUAUAUGGAGAACAAAAGUUCCUUGCCAAGGAACCCAGAAUUGAAGCCAUGAGAGCCAUCUUGCCAGCCUAUUGAGGGCUUAAUUGACUACUAUAGUGUUGAGGAGGUGGAGACUUUUAAAGAAUGUUCAGAUUGUUGGUUUAUACCAGAUCUUCAAAAAUAGACAUAUCCUUGCACCUUACUAUUUAAAUAAAGUAUUACAUUUGGUGCACGGUUUCAAUGUAUUAGAGGCAUUGUAACUAGUUAGUUUGUGAGAGACGUGUUUGUGUUUGUAUAUUUCUUUAUAUAGAAAAUAAAGGGUGAUAAAGAUUAGAAGAUUUGUUCUA